GGCGAAUACUCAUCGUGAGUGUUGUGUUUUCUUUACAUUUAAUAUUUACAUUUUUUAAAUUUUAGCCUUAAAAAGCACGUAACAACGAUUUGUGCUACGUGUGGAUCUGGUUCGAAGGAUACUUAGUAAAGGCUGUAAAUUAAAGCCAGCUGAAACAAAAAUGAGCCGGGCCCUCACGUUUCUCUUGGUCGCAUUAAUUAUUGCGACCUUAGCGCCAAGCGUUGUUGGACAAGCUAACAGCACAGCACAAAAUCCUGGAAAUAAUCAGACGAGUAUUCUGCAAUCAAUCAGUCAAACGAGGCUCGUGGAAAAUCUACUGGGAAUCUUAGCGAAUGUAGUCAAUAACUUAGGCGGCGCACAAACCACAACAAAUAACACAAACAGUGAGCAAACAUCAACUGAUUACGAUUAUUACGAUGACGUCGAGAAACCGGUACUAAGCGGAUGCUUAAAACUUCUUAGGGCAGCCACCACAGAUCCAAAGACUAGUGAGCCUGUUUUACUAGGAAAUAUUAUACGCACCUUACGCAAUUUACAGGGUAGUCUUCUUGGCGAUCAAACUGGUAACACUACUCAAAGUUCAGGUUUAUUGGAUCUGGAUGUUGUAGCAGAUUUGGUUGGUGACGGUAAGCAACAUAGCGAAACCAGUUCAAACUCCACAAACACUGAUCAUCUCGUAAGUGUCUGCCUGAAUCUUAUACUAGGCGAUAUACUCGACGUCCUAGGAGACGUAAUAAAAGGAUUUAAUGGCACUUUGCCAUGCCCACCGGAGUCUACACAAACCCAAACGACAUUGACAACACUAUUAACGACACCAAUGGACAAAACCACUAUUUCAACGUUAAUAUCGACUUUGCAAACUGCUUUGACCGAAGCUACGACCACUUUAACACCCGAAACCACAAUGCAAACCCCAUCACCUUCACCAACAUCUACCACCUCACAAUCAACAACUGAAACCACAACAAUGCCAUCAACAUUAACACCAAGAACUGAAUUUUCCACCACAACAACCAGUUCAGAAUCAACCAGCAAAUGUCCCACAUCACCAACAACCGAAACCUCUACCACUCCAACCACUGAAUCUUCCACUUCAACAUCAACAUUAACACCAACAACGGAAUUUUCCACCACACCAGCCAGUUCAAAAUCAACCAGCAAAUAUCCCACAACAACAACAACCGAAGCAUCUACCACUCCAACCACUAAAUCUUCCACAUUAACAUCAACAUUAACACCAACAACUGAAUCUCCCACCACACCAACCAGUUCAAAAUCAACCAGCAAAUAUCCCACAACACCAACAACCGAAGCAUCUACCACUCCAACCACUAAAUCUUCCACAUCAACAUCAACAUUAACACCAACAACUGAAUCUUCCACCACACCAACCAGUUCAGAAUCAACCAGCAAAUAUCCCACAACACCAACAACCGAAGCAUCCACCACUCCAACCACUAAAUCUUCCACAUCAACAUCAACAUUAACACCAACAACUGAAUCUUCCACCACACCAACCAGUUCAGAAUCAACUAGCAAAUAUCCCACAACACCAACAACCGAAGCAUCUACCACUCCAACCACUGAAUCUUCCACAUCACCAUCAACACCUACACCAACAACUGAACCUCCCUCCCUACCAACACUCCCUUCAACUAUAUUGUCUACCCUAAUUACGACGUCUAGAACAACUGAAGCGACAACGCAACCAACUACGGCAACUUCGACAAUAUUAACAACGCUUUCUACAACUCCAAGAGUGCCUACGACUUUGCCACCAAUAAUAUCAACUCUGUCAACGCGUGUACCUUGUGCGACGCAAACCACUAAUAAACCCAGUAAAACGACGACACCACCUACACCGAUGCCAUCACCACCUUUCGUGCCCAUGCCCAAUUUCAAUCCAUAUCCGUGGUUCUACCCAGUCUAUCCUUUCCCCUUCCCCGUCCUAUUUUUGGAUUGCUUCCAAGUACAUGACAACACUGCUGGAUUGCCAAAUGGCGCGACUCGUAUGCUUUGUGCACCGAGAUUAACGUUUCCACCAACAAAACAACUGGUAACCGCUAGAUAACCGAAAUGGGUAUUUUCUUCAACACUUAGAUUACUUACUUAAUGUUAUUAUAUAGUAUAGUGUAGUUUAAUGUAUAGUAAUUUUUUAUGCUCUUGGUUCUUGUCAUAGAUCCCAUGCAGGUGCGAUGAACUUCUAGUAUAAU